AUUUUCUCCCCUUUGUAUGUGAUGGCUGUUCAGGUGUCUUUUGCCUUCAGCACAGGAGCCGGGAUGCUCAUGGGUGUUCUGAGGUGAAUAUAAGAAACAGUUCUGUGAAACCAGAUCAGCACAGAUCUUACCCAUGCUCAUACAAGGACUGCAACGGAAAGGAGCUUUUGCCAGUUUUAUGCCCCUACUGUGAAAAACAUUUUUGUCUAAGACACCGGCAUCAAUCAGACCAUGAGUGUGAGAAACUGGACACACCAAAACCUCGAAUGGCUGCCACCCAGCAACUAGUUAAACAUAUUAUAGAUUCUAAAAAAAGUGGAGAAGCAAAAAGCAAAAAAUGUAAAGGAGCGAAAAACAUUGAGACAGCAGCAAAAGUGGCAUUGAUGAAACUGAAAAUGCAUGCGUGUGGGGACAAGUCCUUGCCAGAGACAGAAAGAAUUUACUUUCAAGUAUUUUUACCAAAGGGGAACAAAGAGAAAAGCAAGCCCAUGUUCUUUUGCAGUAAGUGGAGUAUUGGCAAAGUAGUAGAUUUUGCAGCUUCCUUAGCAAGCCUUAAAAAUAACAACAACAAAUCAACAUCUCAGAAACUGAGAUUAUGCCAUGCUGCCUCUGGAGAAGCAUUGCCAUUUGAACACACAUUAGAAACAUGGCUAUGUGAUAAAGAAUAUCCAUUGUACAAUGGUGGAAAUAUAAUUUUGGAGUAUCUUGAUAAUGAUGUUCUAUUUAUAGAAGAUACAGAGUCAUACUUAAGUUAAUCAGUAAAUUACCACAAACAAAAAAA